UACUGCUGUGGUAGUUUCCAAGCUUUCCACUAGAGGGAGGCCUAGCUGGGACGACUUCCUGCCAAGAUGGAAAAUCUUGCUGACAAUUUCUCUUGCUAUGACCCAUCCAUUGUUGGUUACCGCUACGUGUCAGUGACUUGGGGCAUUGUGGUGACAAUAGUGGGCACAGUGGGCAAUGUCUUAACCCUCUUGGCCUAUGCUGCGGACACCAAGCUGCAGACACGCUUCAACCUGCUCAUUGUCAACUUGACUUUGGCUGACAUCCUGUACUGUACCUUUUUGCAGCCCUUUUCCGUGGACUCCUACCUACAUCUCUACUGGAGGUCAGGAGCUGAUUUCUGCCGUGUCUUUGGGAUGCUGCUAUUUGUCUCCAACUCAGUCUCCAUCUUGACUCUCUGUCUCAUAGCAGUGAGCCGCUACCUACUCAUUGCCAAUAUGGCCCAGUUUGACCGCAUCUUUUCCCGUCUUGGAGUGGUACUAAUUGCUCUGGGGACCUGGGUUGUCGCAAUUGUCAGUUUUGCCCCCCUGUGGCCUGUCUAUGUCUUGGUCCCCAAAGUCUGUACCUGCAGCUUCCACCGCAUUCGUGGACGGCCCUACACCACCAUCCUCUUGGCUUUCUACUUUGUCGUGGGCCUGAGCUGUGUUGGCGUCUUUUAUUUCCUCAUCCAUCGCAAAGUCAAGGGUGCUGCCCAGGCCUUGGAUCAAUACAAACUGAAGAAGGCCAGCUUGAAAGGGGCUCAUAUAGCUGGAACCAGCUCAGCUACACCAGGACAGUACAAUGAGCUGGACAGUGGGGUGGACAGUGUAGGUGCUUCACAGCAUUCCUGUGAGGCUCUGCCCUCUGAGUCAACAUCCAAGACCAGCAUUCCCCCAAGUGUGGAAAGCAACACAGCGCCUCCCAUGGCCCAGCCUGUGGGCCCACCUCCCAUGGCCCAGCCUGUGGGCCCAUCAAAGAAAGGGGCCCUCUGUAGAACCAAGGAUAGCCACUCAGAAUUCCACCGGGUGACCCGCAUGUGCUUUGUGGUUUUUAUUUUCUUUGUUGUUUGCUAUAUCCCAUUUUUGCUUAUCAACAUAUUUGAUGCCAAAAACCGGGCUCCAACUGUACUGCACAUGAUUGCUGCCAAUCUGACAUGGCUUAACAGCUGUAUUAAUCCUGUACUUUAUGCAGCCAUGAACCGACAGUUCCGUGAGGCCUAUAAAGGAGUAGUGUACAACUUUGCCCAGAAAAUCCACUGGUGCCGCUAAACUGUUGGGAGCUAUACAUUCCUUCUCCCUGUAGAUAAGUUCUCCGAUCUUCAUUUGUCCUCCAGACUGGACACCAUCAGGAAAUUACCUACACUUUCACCAAGGACUAAAUUCCCAGGAUUUAGCUGCUGUUCUUAUUAUUCCAUCUUCUGUGGUAACCCGUGGGUGACUUGGAAAUCAAACAAAAUUGACUGAGUGAGCCUCACUCUGAGUUGUUGAAGACUGGGAAGACUCCUGUUGGGUUUGCAGCCAAAAAGAAAAAGACUGGCCAUGCCAGGUUCCCAUUAAUAUGGCAAAUGUGCCUGUUUCAUAAAGGAUUUUGAAGCCAGCAUGGGUGCUAAAAACUGUCACCUCUGUAUGCGUACAAAAUGCAUAGUUAUAUUUAUUA